AACUGAACGUGUUUUACUUUUGGUCGCCUUAAUACCGCGUUCGAGGCAACAACUCUUCAAGCCAAGUGUUCCAUAGUUUUAUUCGUAUAACACCAUCGCGCAGACCAGUAGAAUUCGAUAUUCUUUCUGCAUGGGGAAAUAAAAAAAAUUAUAUUGAUAUUGAGUGAAAUCUAAAGAAUAAUCAAGGUGUCCAAACACAUCCUCGGUUUUUAAACAAGAAAAGAGUACAAAAAAAAAAAAAACAACUCAAAAAGAGGUGAUUAAGUGAAUUGAUAAUUUGUUUGCUCAAUUGGCAUAAAAGAAAAUCCCAAAUAAAAAACUAAGACGUAAUAACAGAAAAUUUAACAAAAGCAUCACCUCCACUGGUGAACAACACCCAGUGGAACAACAAAAAGUGAUAUAAAGUAACAUUUACUAAAAAAGAAACAGAAAAGGAAUUUGCACAAGAAAUAAAAUUCCUCACCACAACAUCUUUGCCACGGAAAGCCACUUAGCUACCGCCACAAACACAUACGAGGAUUGACAAUCCAUAAUUUUUGAGGGAAGUUGCAUCUAAGACUCUUUGAAGAGCAAGUUUAGAGGUUCCCCUACAAUUUCAUUGUUCCUUUCAAACGGUGAAUUAAAACCAAGAUCAAAAUGGCAUUCAGCGUUGACAUCCAAUCCAGCCAAUCUCGGCCCCAAGCCAACCACAACAACAACAACCAACAACAAUCUCUACAAGAACGCAGCAAGAAACUUGCAACAAUUCCCGUCUACUAUCUCAUUAAGACGGGAAUCCGAUCAAUUGUCCAGACAAACGAUCCAAACUAUAACGAUAACGACAAGCUCGGAAAGUCCAGAAAGUAUAAUAUUGAUGAUACAGGAACCACAACACCCACUACCCAUGCAAACUAUACAAAAUCCAACCAAGUUACCCAUGAUUCGAAAGCCUGCAUUGCAAUCUUGUCCGGAGCCCAAGGCAACAUUGUCAACAAAUCAACCAUUGCAAACCAAGAAUCGAACCACAGUGUUAAAAAUACCAAGUCAAACUUCGAAACCAAGAAUAUUUUUGCUUACCAGGCCUGCGAAUACGCAACUGGUUCGGAAAGCUUCUCCACAAAUAGCGGAAGUCCACCAGAAAAGUUCAAAUCUGGUGUCGGCUGCCCCAGAAAGUUCCCUGAGGGCAACGCCAAGGAUAAUAAGAAUACCCUUUUUGACCAAGUCUCAAAGCAACGUAAAGAUAAACACCAGUCCAGAGACCAAGAAUUCCCAGAAGUUCAGUCCAAGUCCCAGUACAAUACCUCUAAAGAAUUUAGACCAGUUGAUAAGUGUAAGCAAGAAUUGGACAGCGAAAUCAGAGCCCAAGUCGAAAGAUUCUUUAAUAAUCAAACAGGAGAUAAUUCAAUAUCCUCAUACCAAGGAUAUUUGCCAGGAAAGCGUCAAACAACCAAUACCAAUACAAGAAUAUACAGUGAGGCAGAAGCCAUCGUCGACAUUGGCAUCGAUGGCCGGCAUAGAGUUGACAGGUGCCGAUAUGUGCCCUACAGCAGCGGAUAUGAGUGGAGCAAUGCCGCCUACUGCUACAGUUGAAGAGAUAAAUGUUCCGGUAUUCAUAGAUGAGUACUUGCAGCAAGCCGCAAUAUCGACUUUGUCAGCAACAACUUCAAGCACUUCAGUUACAACAUCAAAUAUUAAUAACAGCAAUAGCAAUACCACCAACAACAACAACAAUAGCACUAUUAAUUACAACAACCGCUAUAACAGAAUUACUAGUGACAGUGGUAAAGAAAGUAGCAGUAACACUGAAGUGAAUCAUCAUUGCUUGGAUACCUUUGAAAAUUUUGAAUUCGAUAUUGAACUGUUGACGGAAAAUAAAAGCAAAGACCAGGACAAGGCAUCAACUGGGCAAUUGUUACAGAGACAAUUGUCAGCAGAUGAUAAACAUCAUCUAAAUCAAUCUACAACAACAAAUCUACUUGAUCAUCUUAUUCCCUACGAUAUUGAAGAAGGAACGGAUACGGAUACGGAUACCGAAAAGCAAAAGCAGCAAUUGCAAAUGAUGCUGGAUGAAAUAUUAUUUGGCAACACAGAACAACAAAGUUGCUCUAACAACAACAACAACAACAACCCUCUUAAUAAUAAUAACAACAACUGUGCUACCCUUAACCCCAACACCAACUCCACUGCAAUGGAUUUUAAUAACGAUAAUUUCUUUGGUGACUACAAUUGCGGUGACAUCUUUGAUUUUCCACCCACCAGCCAAAACUUAAACGAUGAUAAUUUAUUUCCUGAUGAUUUCGCUAGCAUUAAUUCAAGCAUUGAAGACGCUGUGGAUAUUAACCAUAUGGAUAAUGCUGGUAUACCUCUAAUGGAUUUUGAUCUGUCACAGUGUAGCUAUUCCAACAACUACAUGCAUUCGCAAUCGCCUGAUGUCAUGUUCCCAUGCGGUUCACAGGCAAUGGCAAAGCCUCAAACAUUGGCAGCAGCUCUUUCGCAAGAAAUUUUGGAAGCUGAGCCCCAUGUAGCCCCAGAUUUAAUUCAUGCAUCCACCUAUUCCAAUUGUGGUGUUGGCGAUGAUAAUGACAAUAACAAUGCACCAUCAAUUCCGAUUCAAGUUGAUUUUAUAGAUGGCAAUGAUAACUUGCAUGAAGAGACCGCAACAUGCAGUGAGACUUCAACUUCAACCUUGCAGCCUAUGGAUGGUGGAUGUGAGUCGCCAAAGUUGUUUAAUCCCUCGAAGAGUGAACGCAUGCAGGAGAAACGUUCUAAACUACAUUUGGACACCAAACGUCGCAGACGGAUGGUCGAGAUCGUAACGAUGGAUACUCCAGGAAUUGUAAAUAUGUUAGAUGAGAUGAGAUUUUUCCAACAGCUAAUGUCUAGCUCUCCUUCGAACGAGGCCAAAGCAGAAAUCAAAUUUGAAAUAGAUGAGGUAUCAUUGGAAAAUGUUAAUGUGGAUGGUGGUGAAUCCAAUUCGAUAAUCAUAAAAUCUGAAGCCGAUCAUAGCAAUUUCUCCGAUGAUAUUUCUUCCUCCUGCACAACAUACAGCUGUAACUCCAACUCAAAUCAAACCAACUUUACCAACAUUUUGAAUGCUUCAUCACCCUGCUCGCCUACCUCCUCCUCCUGCGCCUCGACCAGCACCAAUACAAAACGAGGUCGUGGACGCCCCGCCAAAUUGCAUAGUGAUAUGCCCGAUUUAUCACAAAUCGCCCAUUUGUCCGAAACCGAACAAAAGAAGGUUUUGGAGAGAGCAAAGAAUAAUGAGGCCAGCCGCAAAUCUCGUUUGAAGAACAAACAGCGUGACAUUGAAAUGGAAAGGGAGGAACUUGGGCUCUCAGAGCAGAACAGAAAACUUGAGGAGGAAUAUCAAAGUAUAGAACAUAUGAGAAUGAAAUUUCAACGUGCCCUUAAACGUGUGCAUCUCAGAUUCUCACCAUAUUGCAAUGACCCAUUCAAUAAUGUGAAAACCCACGGAACGAAUAUCGUUGGCCCAUUUGAUAAAAAAAUAACCAAAUGGUUUAAUGGUAUGAAAGAAGUGGUCGAGAUGAUGAUGAAGACGAAGGUGGAUGAUGUUGAAGAUGAAGAAGAAGUUGGUGAUGAUCUCUCGAUAUUGCCACAAGACAUUUGGUGCCAAGAGUACUUGCAGCAAGCCGCAAUAUCGACUUUGUCAGCAACAACUUCAAGCACUUCAGUUACAACAUCAAAUAUUAAUAACAGCAAUAGCAAUACCACCAACAACAACAACAAUAGCACUAUUAAUUACAACAACCGCUAUAACAGAAUUACUAGUGACAGUGGUAAAGAAAGCAGCAGUAGCAGUAACACUGAAGUGAAUCAUCUUUGCUUGGAUACCUUUGAAAAUUUUGAAUUCGAUAUUGAACUGUUGACGGAAAAUAAAAGCAAAGACCAGGACAAGGCAUCAACUGGGCAAUUGUUACAGAAACAAUUGUCAGCAGAUGAUAAACAUCAUCUAAAUCAAUCUACAACAACAAAUCUACUUGAUCAUCUUAUUCCCUACGAUAUUGAAGAAGGAACGGAUACGGAUACCGAAAAGCAAAAGCAGCAAUUCGAUGACAUCUUUAAUUUUCCACCCACCAGCCAAAACUUAAACGAUGAUAAUUUAUUUUCUGAUGAUUUCGCUAGCAUUAAUUCAAGCAUUGAAGACGCUGUGGAUAUUAACCAUAUGGAUAAUGCUGGUAUACCUCUAAUGGAUUUUGAUCUGUCACAGUGUAGCUAUUCCAACAACUACAUGCAUUCGCAAUCGCCUGAUGUCAUGUUCCCAUGCGGUUCACAGGCAAUGGCAAAGCCUCAAACAUUGGCAGCAGCUCUUUCGCAAGAAAUUUUGGAAGCUGAGCCCCAUGUAGCCCCAGAUUUAAUUCAUGCAUCCACCUAUUCCAAUUGUGGUGUUGGCGAUGAUAAUGACAAUAACAAUGCACUAUCAAUUCCGAUUCAAGUUGAUUUUAUAGAUGGCCAUGAUAACUUGCAUGAAGAGACCGCAACAUGCAGUGAGACUUCAACUUCAACCUUGCAGCCUAUGGGUGGUGGAUGUGAGUCGCCAAAGUUGUUUAAUCCCUCGAAGAGUGAACGCAUGCAGGAGAAACGUUCUAAACUACAUUUGGACACCAAACGUCGCAGACGGAUGGACGAGAUCUCACCGAUGGAUACUCCAGGAAUUGUAAAUAUGUUAGAUGAGAUGACUGGCGAUAAACACUCGGGUGAAAAAUCAGUAGAUUUUUUCCAACAGCUAAUGUCUAGCUCUCCUUCGAACGAGGCCAAAGCAGAAAUCAAAUUUGAAAUAGAUGAGGUAUCAUUGGAAAAUGUUAAUGUGGAUGGUGGUGAAUCCAAUUCGAUAAUCAUAAAAUCUGAAGCCGAUCAUAGCAAUUUCUCCGAUGAUAUUUCUUCCUCCUGCACAACAUACAGCUGUAACUCCAACUCAAAUCAAACCAACUUUACCAACAUUUUGAAUGCUUCAUCACCCUGCUCGCCUACUUCCUCCUCCUGCGCCUCGACCAGCACCAAUAGAAAACGAGGUCGUGGACGCCCCGCCAAAUUACAUAGUGAUAUGCCCGAUUUAUCACAAAUCGCCCAUUUGUCCGAAACCGAACAAAAGAAGGUUUUGGAGAGAGCAAAGAAUAAUGAGGCCAGCCGCAAAUCUCGUUUGAAGAACAAACAGCGUGACAUUGAAAUGGAAUGGGAGGAACUUGGGCUCUCAGAGCAGAACAGAAAACUUGAGGAGGAAUAUCAAAGUAUAGAACAUAUGAGAAUGAAAUUUCAACGUGCCCUUAAACGUGGGCAUCUCAGAUUCUCACCAUAUUAAAAAAAAAAAAAAACACAAUAAAAACAUAUUCUCAAGAAUACGCAUCUACCUGAUUCGCAACUAGGCCUCAUUUAUGCUGGUGUCGCGGUAGCCAUAACAAACAUAGUUUCUUAGUUGUUGUUAGUUUUAUUUCUAUUAUUAAUAUAACUACUUAAAGUACUUUAUCAUACCUAUACAUACUAGAAUAUAAAACCCCUAUAAGGGAUAAUUACCAUCAUAUAUUGCUAGUGUUUAAGAAGAAUUUUUUAAUUAUCAUCACUUGAUAUAAAACUCUAUUAAAAUUUUAUUCCUUUUUUUGCAAAUUGUAUGUUAAAAUAUUUUAUAAAAAUACAAACAUAUUACGUUUCUCAAUACAAACACUUGUGUUUUGUUUAUUCUUCUUAAUUAUAUUUUUUCUUCCACAAUUUUAUGGUAUAUUAUUGAGAUUGUCAAUAUACAUAUAUAUAUAUAUAUAUUUUUUUUUAUUACAAUGGGUUUGGAUUUAUUAUACAAAAAAAAAACACACACACACACAAAAUAAACAAUAUAUGUAAUUUUUAAUUUUUAAUAUAAUUUAUUCAUCAUGCGAAAAUCUAUCGCAACCCCCCCCCCCCCCCCCAAAAAAAAAAAAAUAUACAAAAAAAAAUAAAUAAAAGUAUGAAACAUACAUUUAUGAAUAUAUAUAUAUAUACUAAUAAAAUUGUAUCUAUUCUAGAAAAACAUUGUAAACAAACAUUAAUGAAGAAAAUCAGAAAAAGGAAAAAAAAGAACAAAAUAAAAGAAACCAUUGUUGAUUAGCAACAGAUUGUGUUUAUAACACAAGAUUUCAA